GGUGCAGGCACAGCUUUCGUCGGCAGGGGGCGCCCUUGUGGCUGUCAGGUGCGAAAUAUAGAUGGGAGGCAACAGUGGAAGGGAGAAGUAUGAAGAGAUUGUUCCCUAAUGAAUUUGCCCACCACCAACAGCGUUCUCCCACUAAACUUGGGAAAGAACCAUCACCAGGGCCGUAGCCAGAAAAAAAUUUCGGGAGGGGUUUUGAAAAUUUCGGGGGGGGGGGGGUUAACCCCUAGCACACACCCCUCCCCGCUACAAACCUGUCAAUAUCUGCUUGAGAUAAUGCCUAGAGGGACUCUUAAUGUUUUGUGUCUCAUAGACUUAGCAUGGGGAUUUGGUUAACCAGUUAAAAUUCAUGAGUAAACCAGGUUUUUUUUAUAACCUGAAAAAUUUCGGGGGGGGGGGAGGGUUGAACCCCUAAAACCACCCCUCGCUACAGGCCUGACCAUCACCUUGCUAUUUUGAGUUAGAAUGCAGUAUUAAGGGCAACUGCACUGGAAAAAUGGCCUUCAGUGUUAAAUCACAAUUCCCCCACUGUCAAAACAGUGAAUUGCUUCUUGCUGCUGGGAACUCCUAAUACCAAGGAGCCUAGCUUGGCCCCAGAUCAUUCCUGACUUUGGUUCCAUCUACAUUGACCAUUUAAUGGAGUUUCACACCAAUACUGAAGAAAGUGUACAAAAUCCUGGAACCAGUUUGAAGCCCAGCUGGUAGUGACACAAACCACAGAGCUUUCUUUCACAUGCCUUUUUAAUGCUUUAAACUGCAUUACAUCAGUGGUUUACAACCUGAGGUCCCCAGAUGUUUUUGGCCUACAACUCCCAGAAAUCCCAGCCAGUUUACCAGCUAUUAGGAUUCCUGGGAGCUGAAGGCCAAAAUUUCUGGGGAGCCCAGGUUGAGACCACUGCAUUAUAUGGUGAGUAUAGAUGGCGCCUCCAGCUAGUCAGAUCUUUGAUAAUAAAUUGUAAUUAAUUGAAGUAUCGAUUCCUUCAUCAAUUCACUGUAUUAAUGACUUCUUAUUCUAUCACUGAAGUACAAGUCUUUACCUUUUAAUUGAUUAUGUCUACCUCACAUCCCUGAUCACUGUAUUGGACUCCUUCAUGUUGAUUGGUACUGUAACUGUUCAUUUUAGAUUGAACUGUUUUUACUGCUGUUUUAUGAUAGUUUUUAUUUUGUUUGUUUGUUCAUGUCGUAUGUUGUUUUGACAACUGACUGUUUUGUACAUGCUGGAAACUGCCCUGAGUCCUCUCGAGGAGAUGGAGCUGUAUAUAAAUAAAGGUUGCCAUGGCAACAAAGAAACAGAUGAUGAAAGCCAUCAGCGUGUCUGAAUUCGGUAACCCUGAAGUGCUUAAGAUGAAGAAAAACAUUCCAGUGCCGGAUCCAAAAGGGAACGAGGUUCUCAUUAAGGUUCACGCUUGUGGUGUUAACGUAAUGGAUACCUAUAUUCGUGCCGGAUCAUAUGCAAAUGCACAAGUCUUACCCUAUAUACCUGGUACAGAUGUGGCUGGGGAGAUACAAAGAGUUGGAAUCCACGUAGCUAGAUUCAAGAAAGGAGAUCGGGUUUUUACUCUUGGUACAGUUACUGGUGGUUAUGCUGAAUUUACUGUUGCAGCAGCUAACACAGUCUUUCCCUUGUCUGAUAAACUGAACUUCAAGCAAGGUGCUGCAAUUGGAGUUCCUUAUUUUACUGCAUACCAUGCUCUGUUUCAAAGAGAAGUGAUCAAAGCAGGAGAAACUCUGCUAAUCCAUGGAGCAAGUGGAGGGGUUGGAAUGGCAGCAUGCCAGAUUGCAAGAGCUCAUGGCAUGAAAGUCUUGGGUACAGCUGGGACUGAGGAAGGAAUGAAACAGGUUUUAAAAAAUGGAGCCCACGGUGUUUUUAAUCACAGAAAGAAGGCUUACUUGUACCAAAUUAGGGAAACAAGUGGUAUUCAAAAUAUAGAUGUGAUACUGGAGAUGCUGGCUAAUGUCAACCUUUCUGAAGACCUGAAACUUCUGUCAAGAGGAGGAAGAGUGAUGAUUGUGGGUUGUCAAGGACUUGCUGAGAUUGAUCCUGAUGACAUGAUGCUGAAAGAAUCAAUUAUCAGAGGAAUUUCAUUCAUCUCUGCAUCUAAGGAGGAGAUGAAUGAAUGUGCUGCAGCUAUUCUUGCAGGUAUAGAUGCAGGCUGGCUAAAACCAGUAGUAGGCCAUGAAUAUCCGCUGGCAAAAGCAGCAGAGGCACACAAUGACAUGGCUGAGAACAAAGGUGCUUUGGGGAAGAGGGUGAUUGUUAUAUGUUAAAUUAUGUUGAUAAGUGCAUUGGAAGUAAUCAUAGAUAUGUUGAUCGUAGGCUUUAUUCAUCACACUUCGGACUGCUAUGUGAAAUAUAAUUUAGAUAUAAGAAACAAGAGAUGCAAAUUAUUUUGAAUAAGAUAUAUUAAAUAUUGAUAUAUAAAAUA